AGCCAGAGGUAAGUUUUUAAAGAUUUUCAGUUGAUAGUAAAUCUAGAAGUGCAUAAAUGAUUAUAUAAAAAUAUGAUCUGGGUUUUACAUUAUAUAUUUAUUUGCAUAAGGUAAAUCUUCCUGGUGCAUUAAUGAUUGCCAUCCCAGUGGUAACAAUCUUCUACUUGCUGGUCAAUAUCAGUUAUCUCGUUGUCCUGACUCCUAGAGAAGUGAUGAUGUCGAGUGCUGUAGCUGUCACUUGGGGCAGUAAGGUCCUGGGCAGCUGGGGCUGGGUGAUGUCUAUUGCAGCAGCAUUAUCUUCCUUUGGCACGCUAAAUGGAUCAUUUUUUGGUGAGGGACGAAUCACCUUUGCAGCUGCCAGAGAGGGUCACAUGCAUUCUGUCCAUGGCUCAUGUGCGAUGCCUUACUCGCUCUUCAGCUCUCACCUUCACCACCAUCAUUGCCUUCAUUGUGCUCAUUCCUGGAAGUUUCCAGGGCAUAGUAAGCUAUCUUAGCUUCGCAACUUGGUUUUUCAAUGGACUUACAUUAUCAGGAUCAAUCUAUCUAAAAAUAAGAAAUUCUGAUCUUCCUCAUACAUACAAGGUACCCAUUUUUAUCCCUAUCCUGGCUCUGAUGGCAUCUGUGUUCCUCGUUGUAGCCCCUAUUGUUGAUAAGCCUCAGAUUGAGUACCUAUAUGCCAAUAUCUUCAUCCUAAGUGGAACUUUGAUUUAUAUUCCAUUCAUACACUUUAAACUGUGCUGAAAAAGUCACAGUGUUUCCGCAGCUCUUUCUGGAGGUGGCACCAGCAGAAAAAAAUAUGUUAAACACCAAAGCAGACUAGGAGACAGAGAUUUAUAGCAUUUUGCUGGGAUUUUUAUAACCAGCAAAUGAAGGUUGAUGGACAUUUAGAUCUGACUCAGUUG